UGUACCCGCAUAUAUACAUGUAUAGAGACACCUGUGAAGUGACAAAUAUGACAUAACCGAUGCAUGGUGUUUCCUGUCGAGGACGAAUUAAGAUUUGUGCAGUGUGUACCAGUUCCACGAGAUAAUCUGUAAGUAUAUGCUAUUCCCGAACGGACCUCUCAGAACUACAACAUCAGCGACACAUCAUCAACAAUGUUAUAGGUCCAACUCUUGUCCCGGAUCACGCAAAUAACAUAAUUCUAGAUUAUUUCAAAAUAAUUCUUUUGACUUCACAAUGAAUUUCUUGGAGAUACCGGAAGAAAUGCUACUUUACAUAUUACGUUACGUACGAAAGCGCGAUAUGGAAAAUAAUUUACGCGUAACAUGCAAGAGGCUUUACGAUUUGACCUUUGACCCUAGCCUAUGGCGUCACCUCGAAGUAAACAAGUACAAAUUGGACUCUCCUGUUUAUCUGGACAUGCUAUAUAGGGUAUCCGGACAUGUAGAACGCAUCAGUACACGGCAGGGUCAACACAGCAACCUCAGUGUUUUAGAGGACAAGCAAGUGACAUUUCCUUGUUUACUCAGCAUUGACUUUGACCUAGAAUCAGACGACCGUGACCUGGUUAGCUCAUGUCUGUGUCGACACCCGUCCAUCAACGAUGUAUCACUAAGCGGUCCAUUAACGGACAUCCUCAGUGUUGUAAAUACGCUUUCAAAUACGUCUGAUCUUAAGUUAAAUAAACUUGGUCUUCUCUGCACAGACGAACAUGAAGGUGAAGAUCUAGAGAGACACUUUGACGGCUUGGUCGAUUUUGUUUUACAGAAUAAUCGUCUGGAGACCCUCGCUAUACACUGUGAUGAUAUACCAGACGAUGUUGUUCAGUGUUUGUUGUCUUUCAAGGAUACUCCAGUAAAGUGUAUAUCGUUAAAUGACUGUUCUCGUAUCACACAGAGCGCUUUUUCAGGAAUACACAGUCUUGCCUCACUUGUUACGCUCUCGCUUGACAACACAAACGCAGACGACAACGUUCUUGAACAAAUGGCGGGAAACUGUCCAAUGCUGCAGUUCCUGUCCGUACAAGGCUGUUCACUAGUCACGGAUGUCGGUUUCGCACAUAUCGCCCAACAUUGUGGUCAACUCAGGGACUUGAUUGUCAAUAGUCUGGAAAUGCAGAGCACAGCCGGACGGAACAUAACUGACCACGGUCUGGCGUCACUUGCACAGGGAUGCACGCGACUUAAGCGUCUCCUCGUCAUUAAGUGCCCAGGAGUUAGUAGCACUGGUCUCAUCGAAAUCGCCGAACACUGUCGAGAAUUGGAGGAAAUCAGUGUCGCGGAAUGUUUGUCCGUUACAGAUGCCGGUGUCAUGGCUCUUGCUCUGCAUUGCUCAGCUUUGAGAAUAGUGAACUUGAAUUCGUGUUUACAGAUCACAUCCGAUGCUGUCAACAGGCUUGUGAUCACCUGUACACGCCUUCACUCACUCCACCUAGAAACGUGUCGAUUUAUGUCGAAACUGAAAUUUGAUGACAUAAUCAAAAUUGACAGUUCUGGAGAGGAUCAAGUUCAUACCAGUAACGAUACACUGGACAGUGUUGCAAUUGACAACGAUGGGACGCGUGAUAUCAUCAGGGAAACACCCUAUUUGAACCUUGGUGAACGCAAUCCAACUUGUUCAGAAGAACGUACCUCAGGACCAGCUUCCUUUGUGAGAAAAUCAGAAACGAAUGCAAAUGAAUUUGAUUUUCACGAUCCCAGAAAUGCCCUGAGUUCUGAUUCUAGUGACUUAUGCAUUCGAACAAAAACAAAGAACAACAUAGUGACAAGGAACAGAGAACAGGCGGCAUUGUUACAAUCAAAGUCAAGAAAUGAUUCAAACCGAAACACAUCACAAACGCAAAUUGCAUCAGAUUUCUGUAUCAACGACGUUAGGAAAUCGAGUGAGAGAAACGAAGAAAAGCUUGAUCUACAAAAAGGAUACAGACAUACACAAAGAAAUGUACGAGAUGUUCGUUUCAUUUCUCCUCAGCAUUCCCAUUUACGUGUCUUGUAUUUCGGAUUCUCGUCAUCCCUGACCGACGCAAGUGUAAGACAGAUCGGUCGCCAUUGUCCCGAUCUGGUGGAUUUCUCCGUCAGGGGAUGUCACUCUCUCUCCGACUCUUCCGUCCGAUUCCUCCUUCAGCGAUGUCGUCACAUACAAAUCCUUGACAUAUCUGGCGGAUCAGCAGUGAAAGCGACAACGCUCACAGACAACUGUCUGUCGGCCAUCGCCGAAUUCAGCUCGAAUAUUAGGAUACUGUUCAUAAUGAAGAACGAUUUGAUUACAACCGAAGCUGUGAAAGACGUGAUACUUAAAUGUCGAUAUAUCGACUCCAUAUACGUAUCGUGUAGCAAGAACUCGGCUAUCACGCGCGAAAAUGUCAGAACUAUAACAGGAAUGUCGACCCGCAGGGUGAGUGUAUCGAUGGACAUCGACAGAAACACAAAGGGUGCCAUAGUCAUUAAAUGCCUGGACUGGUGAUGUACCGGCGACAGAUUCAGCAGUGGUCCCUGUAACUAUGGUAUCUGACCCGUUGUUGUGGUAUUACAAUUGUAUUGAAACUGUCCUAAACAUUGCUUAAUGGACUGUUGGAUUAAACUAACAUAAUGAUAGACCCAAUAGUGUAAAAAAGUAAUGUAUUUCGACUAAGGUUUUCGUAUAAUAUAGAGUACCUUAACGACUCGUAAAAUCCGAACGCAACCUUUUUUCAUUUGACGCCUUUUUUUUGGUAAUAACAAGCCUUUCCGAUCUCGUAUCACAAAGACCUGAAUUCGCAUAAUGAAUGCCAGUAAUGAAAUAGAUUCGUUAAUUAUAUAGUAUUGUUAGCUAUAUAUAGUUUGUCACUGGCCCAAAAGAGGAAUAUAUCAGGCCAGUAAGAAUUAUCAAGAGGUAUGUACAUUAAAGCAUUUAUGUUUGUCCCCUAAACAUAUUUAGCUUAAUAACGAUCUGUUCAUGCUAGAUGUCGAUGUGUAAACUCCUUACCUUUAUGCGUGGUGACGGAAUUACUAUUGGUAAUAUGUUACAACAUGCUAUGUUCUAUUAGAAGUUGGUGGCAAUGUGUUAGAUAGUUUCAUAUUCUUUUCAUUUUUCA